UGGACCGACGACUCGCUUCAACAGAAAUUUUGCGAUCGGGCCCUCAUGUUGAGCGACACCAGUGAUGCGGAUCUCGGCAUGAUUACAGACACGGUUGUAGUGACGCACUCGAUGGCUGGCGUGGUCAUGUCCAUGGCGCUUGCAACGGGCAAAUGCAGCUUCGGCGAAGGCGCGUCUUGGGUGGCACUGAGCUCGCCCAUUCAGGGCAGUUUGGCAGCCGACCACCUCCAAGACUUUUGCACGGGCGGAAAGAGUGACUUCGUGGCGGGUAUGAUGGAAAUCAUUGGGAAAUGCCCCAUGCCAGCCUCGCAUCAGUCACUCAUGUACUACAAAGGCAAAUACGCUUCGAAGAAGCUGAACGCAGCCUAUGAGCUUGCCCAAGAGGUCUACCGCGGGAACGUUAGCGCUGCCAUGUGCAGUGACAACCCUCAUGGCAUUUUCUCCGUGUAUCAAGCGUUCAUGCUUAUCAGUGCCAAGAGAGUCCCACACAAGUCUCCAGAGAAAAACGACGGGCUUGGUGAGUUCCAGAGUUGUGUGAUGGGCCUCGACGAAUCGAAGUUUGGCAAGCAUUACAAGGACACAUUCUACACCUUUUCAACUUCAAAACUGCAAAUUGUGUACAGGCCGGAGCUCAAUCACGCCGACACGGUGUUUUUGACUGGCGAUGGUUACUUCAAGGACUCGCAGAAGCCUGUAAAGUGGUUUAAGUGUCUGCUGUAG